UCUCUCUCUCUCUCUCUCUCACACACACACACACAAUCUACGGUUUGGAGUAACGGAGCGGCUCUGAGCUGUUUUUGAGUCGCGUUUUGUCCGGGUUUUGAGCUCCGCCACACCGGAGCAGCGGCAGCUGUUUGCUCUGAUCCCUAAUCAAACCUUCUGCGCUUGAGAUUUCACAUCAGGCUGAAUUGAUCUCCACCUACAUCUUGUCGGCUCAGCAGGUGAAGAGGAGUAGAGAGGAUGACUGAGUAUAAGCUGGUGGUGGUGGGAGCUGGAGGCGUGGGCAAGAGCGCUCUUACCAUCCAACUCAUCCAGAACCACUUUGUGGACGAAUAUGACCCUACCAUAGAGGACUCAUACAGGAAGCAGGUGGUGAUUGACGGUGAGACAUGCUUGUUGGACAUCCUGGACACAGCAGGUCAAGAGGAGUACAGUGCCAUGAGGGACCAGUACAUGAGAACAGGAGAAGGCUUCCUCUGUGUCUUUGCCAUCAAUAACACCAAGUCAUUUGAGGACAUUCAUCAGUACAGGGAACAAAUCAAGCGGGUAAAGGACUCUGACGACGUGCCAAUGGUGCUUGUGGGUAAUAAAUGUGACCUUCCAGCUCGCACAGUGGACACACGGCAAGCACACGAGCUUGCACGCAGCUACGGCAUCCCUUACAUCGAAACCUCAGCCAAGACUAGACAAGGAGUGGAGGAUGCAUUCUACACACUAGUACGGGAGAUCCGACAACACAAACUGAGGAAACUCAAUCCUCCAGAUGAAAGUGGACAGGACUGCAUGAGCUGUCGCUGCGUGGUGUCAUGAUUUAAGUUGAGCUCUCCGGGUUAAUAAGUGGACCAACGGCUCCAUGAGGCAGAGUGGACUACAGAUUAAUUAGACCUGGAGAUCAAAAUAAAUGACAAGUAAAGCACUGACUGCAACAUGGACAUUUGAGAAAAGAAGUUGCCUUGCAGUGUCUGUGGUGACCCCCUCUGGCUGUCUACAUCUGUCUAAAAAACCCAACUAAUGACUUGUAUUUUUUUAUUUUUUUUGCUAUUCAUUAACUUCUGGGCUAAUAUUGGGCAGCUCCUAGGAUUCCAUGUAAUUUAUUAUAUUUGUAAGUCUCAACACUGGCUUUUACCUGGAAGUCAGGCCACUUGUGACUUAAGCACAGAAAUGUACUGGACACUAAUCACGUCAUCCCACAGAGACACCGUGUUCUCCUCCAUUGUUGUCCGAGGGAAGCAUGCGAGUCUAUAAAUGAGGAAUCUGCCAAAUGCAGAGAGGACGAUCCAACAUCCCGUACAUGAUUUACUCCUCUCUUGACAAUUAGCCAUAUUUGUUCUGUUUAACAUGCAGUUGUUUUAACAUGGAAACUGUUUUGUGAAAAGGGGUAAUUGUGGUGAUAACCACACGGACUAUAAUCCACUGCAGCACUAGAUACUGUAUGUGUGAUGGCUUUUGUGUACGUGUUUUAAAAGAAAAAAAUCUUUUGAUGGAAAUGCUGAACACACUGACCAGUUACUGGAUUCCAAUAAAACAAUUUCAAGUACCCAAA